AUGACUGCCAGAAAACUGUCAGUGCUGAAUGUGACACACUCAUCUAUUCUGCUCCAUCAGAUUAUCUUCUAUGAGGACAGGAACUUUGGAGGCCGUCACUAUGAGUGCAUGGGUGACUGCGCUGACCUGCACUCCAUGUUUGAUCGCUGCCGCUCCAUCCGGGUGGAGAGUGGCAUGUUCAUGAUCUACGACCGUCCCGGCUUCAUGGGAAACCAGUAUUUCAUGAGGAGGGGAGAGUACGCUGACUACAUGGGCAUGACUGGGCUGAAUGACUGUGUCAGGUCCUGCCGCAUGAUCCCCAUGCACACCGGCAGCUUCAGGAUGAGGCUGUACGAGCAUUUCGACAUGGGAGGCGAAAUGAUAGAGCUGAUGGACGACUGCCCCAACCUCAUGGACCGUUUCCACAGCUCCAACUUCAACUCCUGCAAAGUGAUGGACGGCCACUGGCUGAUGUACGAGCAGCCGAACUACAGAGGACGUCACUACUACCUGAAGCCCGGCCAGUACAAGAGCUUCAGUGACUGGAGGGGCAACAACUCCAGGGUCGGCUCUGUCAGGCGACUCACGGAUCUCUAA